UAUUGUCGACUGAUAAUGAUCAAGGAAAAACUCAUCUCUGGCACAUUAUUCAUCAUUUAUCCUCAUCACUGUGCUACUUGACGCAUGAGGAACGGAUAAAUCCGGAUGUUGCCAUCGGGCAUUAAUUAGUGAUUGGGUAGGUCCCCCUAUAUAAACGAGACGCGCCCACUGCUCUUCUCUGUCUGCAUACAAGCCAAGAUGAGCUACGGAUCUGAAGUCUUUUCCUCCUCCUCCUAUAGGAAGAUUUUCGGGGAAUCUCCCCGUUAUGCAUCCUCUCCAUCACGGACUACGGGGAUCGUCUCCUCCCGAGGAGGGUACCGGUCCUCCUCUCUAUCCCGGAGCAACGUCUCAUCCCUGGGCUCGUACAACAGAAGGUCCGGCCGCUCCUCCUCCAUGCCAGUGGAGACCUUCGACCUGACACAGAGCAACGUCCUCAACAAUGAGUUUAAAAUCAUCCGCACUAAUGAGAAGGAACAAAUGCAAGGUCUCAAUGACCGCUUUGCAAUGUUCAUCGAGAAAGUGCGCAACUUGGAGCAGCACAACAAAGUGCUGGAGACGGAGCUGAGUGCGCUGCGCCAGAGGCAGACCGAGCCCGCCCGCCUGGCCGAGCUUUACCAGCAAGAGAUCCGCGAACUGCGCUCCCAGCUCGAAGAGCUGAACGGGGAGAAGUCCCAUCUCCUGAUCGAGAGGGACAGUAUUGAAGAUGACCUGCAGAAGCUGAGGGGGAAAUACGAAGAGGAGUUCCGUGCCAGGGAGGAGGCGGAGGCCACCCUGAAGGCUUUCAAGAAAGAUGUGGAUGAUGCCACCAUGGUGCGCCUGGACCUGGAGAAGAAGGUUGAAUCUCUGCUCGACGAGAUCAACUUCCUCAGGAAGGUGCACGAAGAGGAGGUGGCCGAGCUGAUGGAGAUGAUCCAGGCUGCACAAGUGUCUGUGGAGAUGGAGGUGUCCAAACCGGACCUCACCUCCGCCCUCAAGGAGAUUCGAGGCCAGUACGAGUCCAUGGCGUCCAAGAACCUGCAGUCCGCCGAAGAGUGGUACAAGACCAAGUUCGCCGACUUGGCGGAGCAGGCAAACCGGAGUACCGAGGCCAUGCGUGCCAGCAGGGAGGAGAUAAACGAGUUCAGGAGGCAGGUCCAAUCCAAGACCAUCGAGAUAGAGAGUCUGAGGGGAACCAACGAGUCUCUGGAAAAGCAGCUCCGGGAGAUGGAGGACAGGCACAGUAUGGAGGUUGCAAACUACCAGGACAACAUGGCAGAGCUGGAGAAUGAGCUGAGGACCACUAAGAGCGAGAUGGCUCGCCACCUGAGGGAAUACCAGGACCUGCUGAAUGUCAAGAUGGCUCUGGAUAUUGAAAUUGCAGCUUACAGGAAACUACUGGAAGGCGAAGAGACCCGCAUCGGGACAGGUAUCACCUAUCCCUCCAUGAGCGCAGGUGCUGGGCAAGGCUACAACUACCAGCCUCGCAUUUACACUAGUUCCAGCAAGAGCUCCAAGAAGGAAGGCAAAGAGGAGGAUCACCAGCAGCAGCAGAGCAAGUCUGGAAUCAGGCGUGAAGUUUAUGAGGAGACAGUGGUCACCACUAAGAAGAUCGAGAAGCCGCAAGAGGCCAGUGAUAUUCCCACCAAUCAGAAAAACUAAAAGCCUACUGUAAGCCUGUUUUUGACCCCUGCAGCUUCCCCCCUGUCCCCGCAAAACCCAAACCUCUCAUCAUUCCCCAUCCUAAAACAAACCCUGAGCCUUUACACUUGAACACUUGUGGGGAUCUUAUACGAUAGCUUUGCCUUCUUAUUAUAAGCACGGUAAGAUCAUCAUAGUUUCUGUCUGAACUACUGUUGUGUCCACAAGUGUGUAGAGUGUGGCAUCUGGAUGUUUGUUUUACGUGGGUUUACUCUUCCUCGUCCCCCUUUGUCCCCCACAUGUGUUCCCCAAAGGAAAUCCAUUGUAACUCUACCGUAAGCAUCACUCUACACAAAAACCGCUGUACUAUCUGUUGUCUCGACUUCACACACUCAACAUCAGACAAUAACAAGCACUUAGGUAGCAUCUGUCUUUUCAAAAUGUAAUACUCAACUGGUCUUUCACACUUUGGGAAAACAUUGCAUCAAUAUGUGAGACAAUAACUGGUCAUUCACUACUACCACAAGCUGUGAGAUACUCUCAACACAUUCCAAUGGAAGCAUGUGUGUGCGAGUGUUCCUGUGCGCGUCUAAAGAACAAAAUACUCAAAACACAUCAGCUGGUGUCGGUUACUCUUUCUGCAUCCACUUAUACGAUACGAUAAAAAAUUAUUCUUGAUAUAAUAACACGUUUAGCAAAGAAGCACACAGUCUACAGUUAAAGCAAACCAGCCAAAAAUAAAUAUGAACAUGUGAUAAUGUCUUGCUGAGCCAUUAUUCUGAGUCUCCUUCCUAAAAAUGGAGUUCAUAAGCAAAACAACUCCUCUUGCACAAAUGUUUUGAUCACAGUCAGCUCUGCAUGAUGGAGGAUGUACAUCCUCAGUCCUCCUUUGCAACUUCCCCGUAAAAUCUCACUCAAAAGUGGAUAACUGUGGCUAUUUAAACGAGAAGCCAACAAGAAAACAAAAUGUAUUAAUGGAGGAUAAUUUGCAUGGUGUUUGUAGAUGUCACGCUUGCAUGGAAUCCAUCAGCCCAUUGCUCAUUCGACACGAAUCUCGUUGUUUGGAGUUAAAAAAACGUCGGCCAUCUACCAUGCUGAGCAUCAUCGCACACAGCGCUCAUUAAUAUUUGUAAUAGACAUGUGCUUGUUAGCCUGUAGGCUUGAUUUGAAGACUACUGUUAUAGCUCUUACUGUAAGAUGUGUGACGUAGGUAGGCUACAGAUCUCUGCUGCUGAUGCUAUGAGGAGAAGGAGUGAAGGUCCUCUUUAAGGCACUUAUGUAGGAUUGUCAAAACUACCUGAUUUGGUAAUAAUGACCAGCAAAAUGCAGCUAAUAUAAAAAGAAAGAGGGUGUGAUUUUUUUGUAAAUUACGCUUUAGCACAAAUGUACAAUAUUCUGUAUGAUCCAUCCAUUGAAACAUCAUUUCCCAUGUGCCAUCGAUGACGCGUUUGAGCCCCAGAAUAUGUACCAUACCACUCAGCCAGAGCAAAUACCAUCGACACUCAAAAUACAUCACAAAUUCAGUCAGAGGAUUCUAGACCACGAUGUGUUUGAAACAACUUGACCUCACUCUUUAUAACUUGUGGCCAUGACUGGAUAAAAUGUCUGUUGUAGUGUGAUAUCACCACAAGAAAUUCUUUAGUAUGAGAGACUUAGAGCUUGUUUUUCUGCUUGUGCACUGCCAACUUUAACACAGUUUUCUUUUUCUGUCGCUGCUCCUGCUGCUGCUGCUGCUGGCCCUGACAAACUACACUUGCAAAGAAAACAAAAAACUAGUGAUUGUACGUAAGACUGUUCUGGAUUGGGUUUCUGUUAGUUUAAUUGAGGCCUGUGACGUAUCUUAGUACUGUAGCUGUUUGUUUGUAUCUCUACUCAGUGGCCUAUCAUAACUGGGAUUAGUUGAAGGGUGUCAAAUCUGAAAGUUGUUUGAGUGCAAAGUGAAAAAAUAUCAAGAACUUAUAUGAAAGCAGCAUUUUAUAGUAUGCAGCUAUAACAAUGGGUGAAUGGUGCAUGGGUGCAAUUGUCAAGCCUUUAUCUUUACACUGUAAUCCAAGCGAGUUUGCAUCUGUGUCAAUACUACUUUUACAGCACUGCCAAACUUUUCUAAGUGCACACGCAAACACCAUUUCAUGACAAGUAUUUUCUCAAGAUACAGUACGUCACCUAUCCAAAACCAACAGUCAAAGAUUUAGCCAUAGAACAAAUACUGUAGGACGUAAAAUGCCUUAAAACACCAGCAGCUUUUAUUCUGGCCAUGUGUGUGAUGUGUAUUAUUCUGUCCAGUGGGGUGUUUAAUCAUUAUUAUCUCUUUAUUAGUGUUUAUGAAAGCUUCCAUGACUAUAAAAAGCAUAGGGAUUGAAUGUAGUUGUCAUGCUAUUCUCUUUACUGUUAUUACUACUCAUGUAUUGCUGUAUGACACCAUAUCAAUAAAGAUCUUGACAUUAA